AUGCCUGGCGGCCCGGCUUUUCAUCAACCCGUGCACCAACCCGCUAUCCACCCUUCUCAACAGCCGCCGCAGCUCAUGAGCAGCGCCCAGGCAGGCCCUUGGACAGUACAUCCCGGUGCAGCACCUGGCGUGGUGAUGCCUGGUCAAGUGCCGGCAGCUUGGCACCAGCCUGCUGCUCAACAACAGCAGCAUCCUUGGGCGCCUCCGAGCAUCGCCAUGCCCGCCGCGUCCCAGUUCACUCCAGCACAGCAGCAGCCUCAGCCGUGGCCCCCUAGCAUGCCGGUCGCGAUGGACCCCAACACGUCCAUCUCCGUGCCGUUCUCCAGGCUCGCCCAACCUCCCGUCCCCGUCGCCUACCCUGGGCCACCACACCCGGGCGUAGCCGCCGCGACCAUCCCGCCGCACGCCCAGGGCGUACCGUCUUUCCCACAACCCCAGUGGCCAGCGCAGCCGUCGUACGCGCAUGGCUACGUCCUCCAACAACCGCACCAGAUGCAGCCGGCUCCGCAGGGCAACGACGACAUUCAGCGGCCCGUGGGCGGGGUGGCGGAAAGCAGCCAACACCAAGUAGCAAGCGUCACCCAAGAAGGGUUCGGCGCAGGCAACGCGCCCUCCACAACAGGCCUGUCCCUCUCGAACGAACUUGCGACCGCCCCGGCACCGAUCAUGGGCCAGCUCACUGCCAAUGAUGGUUCCGAGAGGAAGAAGGCCCGGGCUGCCGAGCCUGGCGAGGCAGCUGGCCGCGACAUCGCUGAUCCUGGCGGUGCUGGUCAUCCUGUCCAGGAUGGUGCUGGCAGCAGUGACGCAGACCCGGGGAAGACGGAGCUUGCCGGGGACGGGAAGGCAGAUGGCGAGGCGAAAACAGGGGAUGCACAACCGGAGGCCGCCGGUCCCGGAGGGGGAUGA